AUGGAAACCAUGGAUGAAUUAACUAAUAGAACUAUUCUUCAAUUUGCUUCACUGAAAAAUAAUUCGUGGGACCAACUUAUAAAUUAUGAAGAUCAACAGUCAUAUGAACGAACAUUCACAUAUUUACCGAUGCUUCAAGUAUGGCGUAGGCAACAGCAAUAUACAUAUUCAGAGAAGGAAUGUCAACAAGCAACCAUUUUUAGUUUAUGCCAAAUUCCGUAUUGCACCCAUCAAAUAAAUGACCAUACCGCGAUUAGAACAACUUACUAUUUUCAUUGGAGUACUAGCAUGACAAUUUGUACUAAAUCAAUUAGGCUUAGCAGACACAGAGGUUUGAUUCCAAAUAUGCGUCGUAUUGGAUAA